UUUGUCCUGAGUUCAAGAGAAGUGUGCAAGCGGCAUCCCAGAGUUUCACCAUUUGAAGAGGGGAUUUGGUCCUGCAAGGAGGACCCGUCUCCAGAACAAGAGUUCCUGCGGCCAACCGGUUCCUCCAGCGUCCACUAAGAUGGUCCCCCUUCCUUCCCUUCUUCUUGUCCUCGUCUGCCUGUCAGGAUCCUUCGGCCAAAAAGAUCUCUUGAACAAGGUCUUCGCAUUCCCGGCAUCCUCUUCCACAGCCGCCGUGGUCCUCCACGUCUCCAACCAGGAACCUUUGACCAAGCUGACCGUCUGCCUGAGAUACUACACCCUCUUGACCCGUCCGUACAGCCUCUUCUCUUACGCCACCCGGUCAAGUAGUAAUGAUUUUCUGAUUAUCAGGUUCAACCCGGAUGAAUAUUCCGUUUACGUUGGUGGCUCAGUGGUCAAGUUCAAGGUCGCUCCGAAGGAGAAACCGAGCUGGGACCACAUCUGCGUGUCCUGGGACUCCACCAAUGGGCUGGUCCAGUUCUGGCUCAACGGAGAACCCCUCCCUCGACAGGGACUGAAAAAAGGUUAUACCAUCAGCCCCGAGGCCUCCAUUGUGUUGGGGCAGGACCAGGAUAGCUUCGGAGGGGGCUUUAACAUCACCCAGUCCUUUGUGGGGGAGAUUUCGGACGUCAACCUGUGGCCUCGGGUGUUGAGUCUCACUGGGAUUAGAAUGGUCAGGCACAACAUCGAUCCCCGUGAUCCUCUGAUAAAGUGGAAAUCCCUGAGCUACACCAUCAAGAACGAGGUCUUUGUGGAGGAUUUCCUAGUUCCCCAGGGUGUAUGAAAGAAAGAAAGAAAGAAAAGGAA